AUGGAGGAUAUGCCGCCCUUUCUGCCCGAUGACAGCAGUGCCCUCGUCUCGCGUCGAUUCGCUCCGUUGGUCGAGAAGGAAGGAGUGGUGGAGGGCGGGGUGCAAUGUCGUCCUCCCUGGCCUCCCCUCCCUCGCUCCCUCCCUCUUCCUCCCUACACAUCCUCUGCUCUUGACGAGAUGGGAAAGGAUAGCUUGCAUACGCCUUUGUUGCCGUCUUCCCCUUCCCGGCACCCCGCCCUCCCUCCCUUCUCCCCUUCCUCGAAAAGGAAAAGAUGGAAAGGCUUCUCCGUUACCCUCCUCCUCUUUCAGCUGGCGCGUGGGAAGGUGGUCGUACAGGCGGUAUGGCAGUUGUUGGGCUCGCUCGCCGUCUUUAUCGCCCCCCUUGCGCUUCGGAAGAUCGUUGCCUACGUCAGCCAGGACCGACCAGAAGAGUCACAGGUCAUCCCUAUUCCGAUUCUGGUGGCCACUGCUCUCCUCUUCCUCGGUCCAGCCCUACAGGCUGUCUCCGAUGGCCAAAAUUUUUUCAUGGGCCGGCGCCUGAUCGUCCGUUACAGAGCCGCCCUUGUCGAUCUGAUUUUUCGGAAAGCACUCAGACUCAACCUCUCGGCGAGCAGCUAUUCGGUCGGGGAACUUACUAAUUUGUGCAGCGUGGAUGCCAACAGCGUGGAGGCCGUCGGCUACAUUCAUUUCCUCUGGUCAACAAUCCUGCAGAUUGUCGUCUCGGUAGCCUUGCUUUUCAAUGUUCUGGGAGCUUCCGCCUUUGCGGGCCUGGGGUUUAUGGUCAUCAGCCUUCCUAUAACCGCUUGGGCCUCCCAGCGAAUCCAGGUCUAUCAGACUCGAAUGAUGGGGAAGAAAGACGCCCGUAUGUCUGUCAUGAACGAGAUCUUGCAAGGCAUGCGCAUUCUGAAGAUGUGUGCGUGGGAGGACGAAUUCUUCCGGCGGGUGACAAGAGCCCGCGAGGACGAAGUGAGGGAGCUACGGUGUUUCGUUUACACCCGGGCAGUCAUCAUCGUCACUUGGGACGCUACUCCAACUCUGGUUGCCCUCUUCACUUUCAUUUUCCAUACCCUCGUUCUCGGCCGGCCCCUCACCAGCAGCGAUGGCUUCUCCGCCUUGUCCCUCUUUGAUCUGCUUCGGUUUCCACUGGUGGUACUUCCCGAUUUCAUCAACUAUUGCAACAAAGCUCUCGUUUCCUUUGACCGCAUUGAGACUUUCUUGACACGGCCAGAGGUGGCACCCCCACCUUCUCCGCUCCCUGCUUCUCCUUCGUCCUCCGCCGUCUCGUCUGCCCUUCCUCGUGGGGCUAUUGCUAUCGAUCACGCUUCGUUUAAAUGGGGAAGUCCGCAGUCGAUGAAGGAGCAUGAAAAGAGGGAGGACAGGGUUCCAACAGCCCCAACGCUUCAAGACGUGACUCUCUCUGUCCCUCCUGGCAACUUGCUCUGCGUGUACGGUCCAACGGGGGGGGGGAAGACCUCUCUUCUCCUUUCCCUGCUGGGGGAGAUCCCUCGGCUCUCGGGCCGGGCUUCCCUUCAAGGACAAGUGGCUUAUGUUGCGCAGAAAGGCGACGCUACAGAGAUCGGAGAGAGGGGUGUCAAUCUGAGCGGAGGCCAACAACAGCGAGUCAAUCUCGCCCGAGCUGCAUACGCUGCGCUUCAGGGAACGGCUGAUAUCAUACUGUUGGACGAUGUCUUGUCAGCUGUGGAUGCCCAUGUGGGGGAGCAUAUUCUCCACCAAUGUCUCGCUGGGCCGAAGGCAGUGAUGGCGGGUCGUACCCGUGUUUUGGUUACCCAUCAGGUCAGCUCGACCCUCCCUUUCGCGGAUUACAUCGUCAUCUUGACCAAGGAUGGUCGAGUGGCAGCGCAAGGAAAGAGGGAAGAAGUCUGUAAGGAGGGAGGGAAGGAGGGAGGGAGAGAGCUACUGGCAAGGUACGGGGUAAUGGACGAGAAGGAGGAUCGCAGGGAGGAGGAUGAUGAGGACGAUGAGGGAUGGAGAGAGGAAGAGUUAGAGAUGGGAAAAGAGAAACUUGGGAAGGAGGGAUUAAGCGUGGACCAAAACGGCAGCGGGAGAGGGGCCUUGGUAUCAAAUCCUGGGAAGGCGUCUCAGAUCUGGGCGGAAGGGAGUGGGGAGGAAGGGGGAGAUGUUCAGUUGAAAGCAACGGUGGAGCGCGGGGAGAGUCAGAAACCGAAAGUAGGCGUGAAGAAAGAGCGCUUGGCCGUAGCAAAGGGGCAAGGGGAGGGAGUACAGGAAGGGAAAGAGAGCGGGACGGAGGGCGUGUUGGUCUUAGAGGAGGAGCGCGAAGAAGGAGCGCUCAAGUGGACGACCUACCUUGCUUACUUCUCGGCCAUGGGUGGCCUCCUUCCCGGCUUCUUCCUCUUUGCCCUCUAUCUGGGUGUGGAGCUCUUGCGCUUCCUUCAAAACCGGAGCCUGGGUCAGUGGGUGGACCGGCUGGCCGCCUCCGCCUCCUCCCCCUCCACCUUGCAGUACGCCCUCCCCUUCCUCCUCAUCUCCCUCGGCAACACCACCCUCAUCCUUCUUCGGAUCUCGCUGCAGGCGUGGGCGAGUCUACGAGCUUCUCUUAAAAUCCACGCCGCCAUGGCAGCCCGAGUGCUUCGAGCGCCGCUUCACUGGUUCGACAGGACGCCUAUUGGAAGGGUUCUGAACCGGUUCUCCAGCGAUGUGGAAACGAUAGACAAGAAUUUGAUGGACUCUCUAGCUUCCUUUGUAGAGUGCUCCUUGAACGCCGUCGCCGUUGUCGCAGUCAUCGCCUACCAGCUUCCCGUUCUCCUCUUGGGACUCGCCCCUCUUCUCCUUGUGGCCGGCGUUGUUGCGCGCAUGUAUCUUAGGUCGUCCCGUGCCAUGAAGCGAUUGGAAAGCAACAGCCAUUUCGCGGAGACUGUCUCAGGCGUCAUCACCAUUCGUGCUUACGGAGCCCAAGAUCGCUUUGUGGACGAGAACCACGACAAGGUCGAUGCCUACGGGCGCGUGAACUUCUUCCUCUGGACGUCAAAUCGCUGGCUCGCCGUCCGACUACAGCUCCUGGGGGCCACUGUCACCGGGAUGGUGGGCAUCUACAUUCUUGCCUCCCUCCCAACCUCCUCCUCUUCCCCCUCCUCCACAUCCGUUUCGAGUGCGGAGGCUGGAUUAGUCCUGCUCUAUGCCAUGCAGUUCUCUUCCGCUUUGAACUGGUUGAUCCGAGAUCAGGCAGAAAUGGAGAUGAACAUGAACGCGGUGGAGCGCACAGAUGCCUACUGUCAUCUCGAGCAAGAAGCCCCCCCUGUUCUGCCUGGUUCUGGAACCCCCCCGCCCUCUUGGCCUUCGCAGGGGGAGAUCUCCGUACGAUGCUUGACUCUUGCUUAUCCCUCCGCCCCGACUGCUCCUGUGUUGCGGUCUCUCAGCUUUCACAUCCCUCCCGGCACUCGUGUUGGCGUAGUAGGAAGGACGGGGGCGGGGAAAUCCUCCCUUUUGGCAGCAUUUUACAGACUGGUGGAGCCGGCAGAAGGAAGCGAAGUCGUAAUCGACGGGGUGAACACGCGGCAUUUGGGUUUGAAGGAUUUGAGAGGGCGUCUGGCGAUUGUUCCACAGGAGCCCACGCUCUUCCGCGGUACUAUCCGCAGCAACCUGGACCCUUUUAACGAGUAUACAGAUGCAGCAAUGUGCGAUUCUCUUCGUCGCGCACAUUUCUGGGAGGCGCUGGAGCGGAAGAGCGGUCAAGACAACAUUAAAGGAGCUGAAAGCGGUGUAUUGGCUAUGCCCGUCACGGAGAACGGGGAGAAUCUAAGCGUGGGGGAGCGGCAACUCAUGUGUUUGGCGCGCGCUUUGCUCAGGAAGCGAGGCGUUUUGUUUCUGGACGAGGCCUCCGCUAACGUGGACGCGGUCACCGACAACUUGCUGCAAGAGACUUUGCCCGACCAGUGCAAGGGGUGCACGGUCGUAUGCGUGGCCCAUCGACUCGCGACAAUUGUGACUUACGAUCGAGUCCUGGUGCUGGACGCAGGUAUUUGCGCCGAGUACGAUUCCCCCGCCGCGCUUUUGGCAAAAGGACCGUCAGGCUUAUUUUACAGCAUGUGUGCUAAGACUGGCGAGUUGUCGAAUUUAAUGGCCAUGGCAAGAGGAGAGAAGAAUGGACGAGGAAGUCUGGAAACGCUACCUGACCACUGUUGAAUUCGAUGACAAAAAUGAGAGAGCUGAAAUGUAAAGAAGCUCUGGCCACAGAUAGAAGCAUAGGACAAUAGACACAAAGUCCCCUAAUUGAACGUAUACACGAGUCACCAUAGAACAAAAGCAUAUAUUGGGAUCUUUUUGAUCAGUAAGGCAUGCUGCCUGAAUUGAUGGCUCCGACGUCUUAAUUCUCCCC